CUUCGGCAUGUGCCUCGAUUUCGGACAUAAAGAUGACAAAGGACCCGUCUCUAGAGCAAACAGCACCAAAAGCCAAAGACUCUCUGAAGUCUCCGUUGAAGCGGAACAGGACGACACCAGCACAGUAGAGACAUCUUCCACGUCCGACGUCGUUCGAGACGUCAGAUCUCAAAGCACACCUCCAAGUCGUCGUGAAUCCCUAGCUGUGAACAGCGUCCAGACUCCAGCAAGAUACAACAGACGGGAAUCGUGCAUUCCGUACCAGGCUGCGCGCUUUCACCGGGCCAAGUCCACCACUCUGCGAUCCGACGAAGUUCGUGAGCCGGCGUUCUCACGACUCCCUCCCACGUCAUCUGCAACGUCAACGCCUAUCGUAUCAUCGACGACUGCGCCAUCUAGCCCGCGCCGAUUUCACAGAACUAGAUCUGCAGUACUGCAGGGUUCGGACUUUCCAGCACCACCGAGUGAAUAUGAAGCACUCCCAAGCACUGAUAAUAAUAAACGCAAGAAUAAGAAUUCGGAAGGACUUGAACGACAGCAAAGCUCGACGAGCAGUAAUCGCGAACGAUUCCACAGGACAAGAUCUGCAGUGAUGUAUGCAGAUGCUGAAGACGUGCCAGAGGUAACAUCGAGCGCACAACCGUUAAAGGCAGCUCUAAGGGACAGAGGAACAUAUGGCAGCAUAUCAUCUUCGCCGCGAAAAACGGUGGUCCGACUUCAGCAACCUGGCACGGCAAGAGGUGCAGACGCGGAAACUGUUCAGCAGUGGUGUCAGCAGACAUGGUCUACAGAGAACUACACUCGAUUCCACAGAAUACGAGCUGCCAUCCAGGCGUCAGAAGCUCAAAGAGCUCGUGCCGUCCAGUCCAGACGACCCCUGAUGCAAAAGGCGAGCUCCGAUACCAGUUCCGUCCAGAGCAUGAUGCAAACGGGGAGAGGCUUAGCAACAACCGUAAAAUAUGAGACUACAACAAGAACUACAACGGUUUUGGUAGGCGGCGGCUCAGCACAGAAAAUGACUGUGCGGCAAUCGUCAUUAACAUCAACGGAGACGUCCGAGAAGACGCCAGGACUUCGACGAACGGCAUCGGGUCAGUCUUCGAAACUUGUGCGAGAGUCUUCGUCGGACUAUGAGGUGUCAGAAGGGUCAAUGCUCCCACUGACUGCCUUGGCGAUUCAAAGUGUUUCUGGUAUGGUUACUUUUCUGUGCCGUCCUAGUGCUUUUGCACAACUGGAGUCCAGUGAUUCUCAAGUCCCUACAAGCGGGGCACCGGAGACUACAGAGACAGAGGACCUCCAGGAAACCGUCCAAUGUGAGAGACUUACAGAAACUCUUGUUGUUGAGAAUGCAAAGGCAAUAGACGUAGGUGAUGAGGCUGAAAAAAUGUCGAGGAAAGAUUCUGAGUGCAGCGGAGGCAGUGGAAGUGUUGAUAGUUCUUGUACUGGACAUGUCUUUGACCUUAGGCAACAAUCUGAUGAUGCUUCUGACACUGGUUAAUAUGGAAUUCGAUUUACAAUGUGCGAGAGUAAUGAGCUGCCUACAGGCGAUUCCGCGAUGACGUCAUUGGGCUAUUUUAGCGACUUCACAGCUAUAGCAGUCCUACGGAAUUUGCAGAUGAAUUACAAGAGGCUCUAACGAUGAGAUCUGAUCGCGUAUCUUGUAGAACUUGCGAGA